AUGGAAAUCGAAGGUCAGAUCACCUUGCUGAACGACAUUGAUGCUCUUUCCACAAACUACACUAUCAAGGUUAAAAUUGUUAGUUUGUGGAGGAAGAAAAUGAGAGCUAACGAAAGAGAGACUUAUCGUAUAGAUAUGAUACUGAUGGAUGAGAUGGGUACCAAGAUCCAAGCAUUUUGCUUGCAUAAGCUAUUUUCAAAGUUUGAGAGGCAUCUUAUUGUUGAUGAAUGCUUAAUCAUAAAACGUCCUUCUCUUGCUGCCAACACUACGUUUUUCAAGAUUGUACCUAACAAUCAAAAGUUAUCUUUUCACUACCAUACGUUGGUGGAGAAGUGCAAAAAUUGGGAUGGUCCGCAGUAUGUUUUCAAUUUUGUUGAUUUUAACGAUGUUCUGUCACAGAAAAUAAAGGAGGGUACCACAGUAGAUGUCAUUGGUUAUGUUUGUGUUUGUUAUAACAUCGAGGAUACGAACAAAAAGGAUGGUAGCAAAGGGAAACGCCUUAAUCUUAAGCUUCAAGAUAUUGAAGAUGUUCAGAUCGAUUUAACUCUUUGGGAUGAUUACGCUAAGGACAUGUAUUCUUACAUGGUUAGUGAAAAGCGUGAAGCACAUGUUGUCGUUGUUAUCCAUUUCGGUGCUGUUAAGACAUACAAAGGAAAAUGGGGUUUGUCUAAUAACUUUGAUGGUUCAAGAAUUUUCAUUAACGACAACUUUGAUGACAUGCUAUUGUUUAGGCAAAAGUUUCUUGCAAAACUUGCUGCUUCAACUGAGUCGAGUAGCCAUGCUGGGUCAUAUAUCAUGUGUUCUGUCGAAGAUGAAUUUUUAAAGAACGAUGUUUUUUCACCAAUUGCUUAUCUUGGAUCAAUCCUAGAGCCAAAGAAAGUUGUUGUUGUUGGGACUAUCGUUGCAAUUGUUUCAGAUAAGAUGUGGUAUUAUGAUGGGUGCAACUAUUGCAAGUCCAAAGUUGAGCAAAAGUUUGAAACAUAUGAUAAGGAUGAUGGAACAAGUGAUGUUAAAGAUGAGAAGUUGUAUCAAUGUUCUAACAAGGAUUGUAAUGGUAAAGAAGUUUUCCCGUUGUCCAGGUUCAAAAUACCGGUUCGUGUUCAAGAUUCAACUGGUACGGUGACACUUACAUUGUUUGAUCAUGAGGCGAUGAAGUUUGUUGGUAAAACUGCAAAGGAACUUAUAGAAAUUCAGGACGAGUUAUUGAGGUCGAAUGAGAAUCCCGGAGAAUAUCCAGUUGAGUUUGAAUCAUUGCUUAACAUAAAGUGUGCUUUCGUGAUUAAAGUAAGUGACUUUAAUAUUGUGAAUGCUGUCGAGAAUUAUGGAAUCUCAGUUGUUACCACUGAUGAAGACAUAUUGGAUAAGCUGAACAAAAAAUUCAAAAUUGACCAACUUGAUGUAUCUGAUUCUUUUGGUAUGACUCAGUCUGAGUUCCAAGCUACCGGUGGUGACAGUUUCAAGGAUGCGGAUUCUUACACUGGGGAUAACACCACACCUGUGUCGAAGGAUUACGUGAGUGACUUGAAGCAACCAUCUUCUGAUAUGAAGCGUAACCUGGAUGAUGUUUAUUUGAAUGAUGAGGGAGUGGGGUCGUCAGCGAUACUCUGUGGUGUUAACAAAAUGCAGAAUACGUUUCAACAGCUUACUUCAUAUUCUUCUGAACCUCCACACCCUGGCAUCGCUGACGAAGCUGUUCGGGCUAAACAUAGGCGGAAGUUAAGAAAAGUAUACCUUGAUAGUAAGAGAUCAAGGAUUAGUAGAAAUUUGAUUUCUAAAAGUGGAUGCUCAACCUCUUCAUCAUCAACACGUUUUAUUUUGAACAACAAAGAGAAUUUAACUCCCAAUUUUUCAAUACCAACAUUUACUACCCAAUCAUCAACUCUUAUACCGACACGUAAUCAUUUAGAUUCCUUGGUUAACGUAACAUCUUCAAAUUUUACACCUUCUACAAUGAGGAAGGAAGGAAAUGUACUACAAGAUAAGUAUACAACACCCAACCGUACACCCUUUGCAAAUAUAGAAAACAUAACACCAGGAAAUAAUUCUAAAUAUUCGAGAAACGUACCUUUAUCAUCGGGGCCAAUUUCAAGUAAAAAUAUGAGGACAAAUGUUUUGCAUCAUUCUUCAACAUCAGGACGACGUAUGAUGCUGUCAAACAAGGAAAACAUUACACCACUGUCGUGUAUUACAAACAUACGUACGCAAGUUCCCAGUGUACCAUAUUGUUCUAAUGCUAUGUCUUCUUUGACUCCUAUAUCACACGAUAAUAUUGCAACCUCAUCAACUUUACCAUUGAAUGAUCGCUACUCUUUUAAUCCUCCAAUAACAAAUAAACAAGCCAUACCAAUGGCUCCUCUUGAAUCUGAUGAUGAAAAUCAUAUUCACGAGAUUGUUGCAGACGCCACCAAAGGCGUAUCCAAAGAUUACGUUGACCAUGGUGACCAAUCACUUACGUGUGGUUUAUGCUUUGCAAAGUUAUGGGCUACCGAAGGUGGAAAGGGUCGCAUUACACUUCAAAAACAAACAUAUAGCUUAUGUUGUGGAUAUGGUAAAGUUGACUUGCCUGAAUAUAAAGAUUCUCAUCCGUCUUAUGAGAUGCUUUUUUCCUCUUUAGAUCAAGAAAGCAAGUUUUUCUUAAAGAAUAUAAGACGUUACAAUUCUAUGUUUUCCUUUACUUCAAUGGGAGGAAAAGUCGAUACUAAAAUAAACAAAGGAAAUGCUCCAUAUGUUUAUAGAAUCAGUGGUCAGAAUGCACAUAGUAUGGGUAGUCUUCUUCCUAAGGAGGGUGCCCAGCCAAAAUUCUCACAACUUUAUAUCUAUGAUACUGAGAACGAGCUUGCUAAUAGAGAGUUGCUAUUUGGUGAUUCUACAAGCAAAGCAUCUUUAAGGGCAAAGGAACUUGAUGCUAAAUUUAUAAAGUUUCUUACCAACAUGUUAGAUUCUACGAAUAUGCUGGUUAAAACUUACAGAAUGGUACGCGACCACCUGCACGAGAAUCCUAACGUUUCCCUUAAGCUUAGGUUAAUCUCACAGAGAGAUCGUGACGGAAGGACAUACAACUUACCUACGUGUUUCGAAGUUGCUGCUUUAAUAGUUGAUGAACCUAAUCUCAAGAUAGAAAGUCGUGAUAUUAUUGUUGAAAAGCGUUCAGGAGUCCUUAAGCGUAUUAGCGAGUUACAUCCUUCUUACCUUGCUCUCCAGUAUCCGAUUCUUUUUCCGUACGGAGACGAUGGCUAUAGGAUUAAUAUUCCUCAUAGGGAAUUUGGUCCUAACACAAAAAAGACAAGACCAACUUGCACUAUGAGGGAGUUUUUUGCUUAUAGAAUUCAAGAUAGACAUAACAAGUUUUCUCUAAUUCUUAAUGCAAGAAGGUUGUUUCAGCAGUUUUUAGUUGAUGCCUACACAAUGAUUGAAAGUGAGAGGCUCAACUUCAUACGUUUUCAGCAAAUCAAACUGAGAUCUGACUCACUUAACAGUCUUAAAAAUGUUCAAGAUGUUGGUCAGAGUGAUUUGAGUCAUACCGGACAACCUGUUAUAUUACCGUCAUCGUUUACUGGUGGUUCUCGAUACAUGAUGCAAAACUAUUUGGAUGCUAUGGCGUUAUGUCGGAAUUAUGGGUAUCCUAAUUUCUUUAUCACUAUCACAUGUAAUCCGAAAUGGCCUGAAAUUGUUAGAUUUAUCGGUGACUCAUCAAUUAAGCCAGAAGACAGACCUGACAUACUUUGUCGAUUGUUUAAGAUGAAACUCGAUGAAUUGAUAACUGAUUUGAAGCAAAAAAAAAUUUUUGGUGAUAUUAAUGCAGUUGUUUACACAGUUGAGUUUCAAAAGCGUGGAUUGCCACAUGCACACAUUUGCUUAUUUAUGAAAGCUGAUCAUAAGCUUCCUAUGGUUGAACACAUUGAUCCAUUUAUCUCAGCUGAAAUUCCGGAUAAAAACGAGGAUCCUGAGUUGUAUUCUCUUGUGAGUGACUUUAUGAUUCAUGGUCCUUGUGGACAUGCCAACAAGAAAUGUCCAUGCAUGGUUGGGAACCGUUGUUCUAAGAAUUUUCCAAAGAAGUUUUUGGAAUCCACUUCCAUUGAUUCUGAUGGAUUUCCCGUUUAUAGGAGAAGAGAUUCUGGUCACACGGUUGUGAAGAAGGGUGUUACUUUGGACAAUAGGAGCGUAGUUCCAUACAACAAAAAACUUCUAAAAAGGUAUCAGGCGCACAUCAACGUCGAGUGGUGCAAUCAGGCGGGUUCAAUUAAGUAUUUGUUUAAAUAUAUUAAUAAAGGACCUGAUCGAGCCACGGUAGCUGUUUUUGAUUCAGACAGAGGUCCAGAUGAGGAGAUCCCAAAAGAUGAAAUUAAAGAAUAUUACGAAGCUAGAUAUGUUUCCGCAUGUGAAGCAAGCUGGAGAAUAUUUGCCAACGAGGUUCAUUAUAGGUAUCCUUCUGUCAUGAGAUUACCUUUUCAUCUACCAGGACAACAAAAUGUUGUAUUUAGUUGUGACGACGAUAUUGAGGAUGUCUUACACAAACCUCAAGUAAAUUCUUCGAUUUUCUUAGAAUGGAUGAAGAUGAACAAUUCUAAGCCUGAAGCAAGACAACUUACAUAUGUUCAGUUUCCUUCAAAAUAUGUGUGGAAGUUAAAAGAUCGUUGCUGGCAGCCACGUCAAAAUUAUGUUGUUAUUGGGAGAAUAUAUUCUGCGUCUCCUUCUCUUGGUGAGGCUUAUUAUCUAAGAAUUCUUCUUACCAAGGUUAAAGGACCAAGAUCAUUUGAAGAAAUCAGAACAUAUGAAGGUGUUGUUUAUCCUACUUUUAGGGAUGCGUGUUAUGCACGUGGCCUGUUAGAUGAUGACAAUGAAUAUAUCGAGUGUAUUAAAGAAUCCAGUUUCACUGGUAACGCUCAUUAUCUUCGUUCUUUGUUUGGAACACUACUUUUGUCUAAUACUCUUUCAAGACCUGAAGUUGUUUGGGAGAAAACGUGGGAGCUAAUGUCCGAGGACAUUUUAUACAAUAUGCGUAAAGAUAGUGGCAUGAGCGGAUUCGUUGUAUCAGAUGAACGUUUAAAGAAUAUAACAUUGACCAAGAUCGAAAAAUUUCUUCUUCGUAAUGGAUCCAGCUUGCACAGGUUCUCAACGAUGCCUUAUCCUGAUGAUGACUAUCUAAUGACCGAGAGCAACCGUUUGAUAAACGAGGAGCUUUCGUUUGACAUUGAUGAACUUAGGGGUGCAUCCAUUAGAUCCAUUGGACAGAUUGUUAUUAAUGUUGCUUCAAGUGGUAUUGCAUCUUUGUUGCUAUCACGAGGUCGUACUGCCCAUUCACGAUUUCAUAUUCCUAUUAAUCUCAACGAAGAUUCGGUCUGCCAUAUCAAGCCUAAUACUGAAGUCGCUAAUCUUCUAAACCAAGCCAAGUUGAUUAUUUGGGAUGAGGCACCGAUGGUACACAAACAUGCUUUUGAGGCUCUUGAUCGUACAAUGAAGGAUGUUUUGAGUGUAUUUGAUUCACGAAAUUCAGAACUUCCAUUUGGUGGAAAAGCUAUUGUCUUUGGUGGUGACUUUAGACAAAUCCUACCGGUUGUACAAAAUGGAAGCAGGCAAGAUAUUGUAAACGCAUCUUUAUGUUCAUCCCAUAUCUGGUCCCAUUGCAAGGUGUUAAAGUUGACAACAAACAUGCGUUUAUCGGUAGGAUCCAGUACCUCAAACAUCGAGGAAAUAAAUCAAUUUGGUAAAUGGCUUUUAGAGAUUGGCGAAGGCAAUGUUGGUCAUUCUAACGAUGGUGAUUCACAUAUUGAAUUACCUGAUCAUCUUUUGAUAACUGAUGAGAAUGAUCCGAUUCAGGCUUUGAUUGACUUUGUAUAUCCUUCAGUUUUGGAUCGUUUUAAAGACCGUCACUACUUUUCUGAAAGAGCUAUACUCGCUCCUAAGAAUGAAGUUGUUCAUGAUAUAAAUGAUCGUUUGCUUGAAUUGUUUCCGGGUGAAGAGGUAGAGUAUCUUAGCUCUGAUAGUUUAUGUCCUACUGAGGAUAUUAAUGAUCCGUUACAUCAAGAUUUAUAUAAUCCAGAUGUGUUAAAUAGUGUGAAAGUUUCUGGAUUACCAAAUCAUAGAUUGGUAUUGAAAUUGGGUGUUCCGGUAAUGCUUUUGAGGAAUAUUGACCAGCAAAACGGUUUGUGCAAUGGUACGCGUCUUCAAAUCACACGUCUUGGUAAACGUGUUAUCGAGGCUGAGAUAUUAUCUGGAAGUAAUGUCGGUUCAAGAACUUACAUCCCAAGAAUUAGCAUGAUACCAUCUGACAAAAAAAUACCCUUCAAGUUUCAACGAAGGCAGUUUCCAAUAACCGUAUGUUUUGCGAUGACUAUUAACAAAAGUCAAGGACAAUCUCUAUCCAGAGUUGGUCUAUACCUUAGAGAUCCCGUGUUCUCACAUGGUCAGCUUUAUGUUGCUUUGUCGAGAGUAAAGACUAAGGAUGGCGUUAAGGUUCUAAUAUUCGACAAAGAUGGGAGACCAACAAACAAAACUGCAAACGUUGUUUACAAAGAAGUUUUUGGGAAAUUGUAG